CGGGGCUUGUCUCAGCGCCGCGGAUAUCUAUGAUCAUUACUGCUCUCUCUCUCUCUCACACUCACUCACUCACUCACACACACACACACACACACACACACACACAAAAUGUUAAAGAUGUAUAAUAGUUUAUAAUAAAGUGCAGUGUGCUGACGAGCAAUGGUGUUGGAUCUCGUGGUUGUGCCCCCGGAGACCUCGGACCUGGGGAGCCAGCGUUGUCGUCUGGGUCUGGUGCUGAUGGAGGACCUCGGGCUGCGUCUCGGCUCCCCGGUACUGGUGACGCUUCAGGGCGGAGCGUCGUGUCUCUGUACGGCGUGGCCACGCCCCGACCUGGCUGAAGCCUACCUGCAGGUAGACCCCACCUGCUCGUCAGCGCAGCUCCGCCCGGACGCCCUGCGUGGACUCCGUCUCGGGUCGGAGGGUCUCCGAGCUCUGAAUUGUCCUCGUGUGAAGCGUCUGCGCGUGACUGCGCUGGUGCGUAGCGGAGAGUUUAAACGCAGGACGUCUGCGCAGGAGGUGGGAGCUCUUGCUGCAGAGCUGCUGACAGGACUGUAUGUCCACGAGAAGCACCUGGUGGACAUCUCCCAUGCAGGAACGCCCAUCCACUCUCUGCAGGUGGACACGGUGAACUCAGGGUCCCAUAAAGCGGGACGCGUGACGCCCGAGACACGUGUAGACGUUGUGUCUGUUCGGACUCUUGAAACGUACCAGCGCUGGGAGCGCAAAGGUUCCUCUGUUCCUCUGGGAGGACUCGAGGAGGUCUACGUCACGCUGAAGGAGAUGCUGACGCUUCCUCUGCGGUACCCCAUCAGCACGCGACGCGUGGGCGUGACAGCGGGGCGUGGCGCAUUGCUGGUGGGACCCCCAGGUGUGGGGAAGACGCAGCUGGUGCGCAGCGUGGCGCAGGACGUGCAGGCGGCGCUGGUGACGGUGAGCGGCCCGGUGGUGGUGGGGUCGCGACCCGGGGAGAGCGAGGAGAACCUGCGUGCUGCGUUUACCCGGGCCUCAGAAGCUGCUCGAGAGGAACCCUGCGUGCUCUUCAUCGAUGAGAUUGACGCGCUGUGUCCAAAACGCAGCUCCAGCACUGGAACCCCGGAGAACCGACUCGUUGCUCAGCUCCUCACCCUCAUGGACGGAGUCGGCAGCGAUGAAGGAUUCGUCAUUAUCGGCGCCACUAACCGACCAGAUGCCCUCGACCCUGCGCUCAGAAGACCAGGACGCUUCGACAGAGAGAUAGUUGUAGGUGUUCCCACCCUGCAGCAGAGGUACCAGGUUCUGCAGUGUGUGUGUCGCAGUGUUCCUCUCUCCCCGAAUGUAGAUCUUUACUCCAUUGCUGAGAAGACGAGUGGAUACGUGGGGGCGGACCUGAGCGCGCUCAGUAGAGAGGCAGUGCUACAUGCUAUACUACACUCUACACAGGGCGGAGCUGGAGAUUCUGGCCAAUCAGAAGUUGAGGAGGGGGACGUGAGGAUGGAGCACUUUGUGAAGGCGAUGCGAAUGAUCGCUCCGUCAUGCCUGAGGAGCAGUGUGGGCGUGGCCGAGUUUACACCUGUCAACUGGGAGCGAAUUGGAGGACUAGAGGAAGUGAAACUCAAACUUAGACAGAGUGUGGAGUGGCCAAUGAAGUUCCCGGAGGCGUUUGUGCGUCUGGGUGUGUGUCGAGCGCGGGGUGUGUUGCUGUACGGUCCCCCCGGCUGUGCCAAGACCACGCUGGUGAAAGCAGCAGCAUCUUCAUCACACUGCAGCUUCCUGUGUGUAAGCGGAGCGGAGCUUUACUCUCCCUAUGUCGGAGACUCUGAGAAAGCGCUUGCUCAGCUGUUCCAGCAGGCACGGGCCUGUUCGCCCUCCAUCGUCUUCCUGGAUGAGAUUGACAGCUUGGUGGGUUGCCGUGGAGAUGGAGGUGGUUGCCGUGGCAGCAGUGUACAGGCUCAGGUGUUGUCUGUCCUGCUAAACGAGUUGGAUGGUGUGGGCUUUAAAACCACAGAGAGACGAGGGACAGGACUGAGUGAGAGACAGGAGACACGCCGAGACCAGCGGAUGCAGCUACAGGAAGUGUGUAAUCAGGACGUCAUGAUUGUUGCUGCCACAAACAGGCCAGACAUGUUGGACAGCGCUCUGCUUCGCCCGGGCCGAUUUGACCACAUCAUAUACGUCCCCCCACCUGACCUACAGGCUCGUCUGGCCAUCCUGAAGCUCCACACAGAGAAAAUGCCACUGAACUCUAAUGUGUGUUUGGAGGAUCUGGCAACUCGGACAAACCUGUUCUCUGGAGCGGACCUGGAGAACCUCUGCAAGGAGGCGGCACUGUUAGCUCUUCAUGAAGAAGGUAUGAGUGUGUCCACAGUGCAGCAGAAACACUUCCAGAAGGUUUUACAGCAUUUUCAACCAUCGAUCAGCUCCCAGCAGCUCCUGCAGCUCCAACAGCUCUUCAAACACAACUACAAUUAGCAUGAGACUGAUCAGCAGCGUGAUGAUUAGCAGUGUGAUGAUUAGCAUGUGAUGAUUAGCAGUGUGAUGAUUAGCAUGUGAUGAUUAGCAGUGUGAUGAUUAGCAGUGUGAUGAUUAGCAUGUGAUGAUUAGCAUGUGAUGAUUAGCAGUGUGAUGAUUAGCAUGUGAUGAUUAGCAGUGUGAUGAUUAGCAUGUGAUGAUCAGCAGCGUGACGAUCAGCAGUGUGACGUUAACAUGUUUACUGGAACGUCAGGACCCUGGACAGUGUGUAUUGUUUUGUGUGAGUUCUGAUCAUCUCAUUAAAUGCCUUCCACUGAA